AUGAAACCCACGGUGUCGGCGUCCCGGCCGACAAUUUUGCUAGUGUCCAUUUCGCGAUAUGAGAAAUUUCUGGAGGAUUUCGUUGCUGAACGGGACCAAAUAGAGGUAGAAACCCGACUAAGGAAGUUUGAACGGUUAUGCCAAGAUCUUGAAGAUAUCCAGCAAGGGUUGGAAGAUUCCGCUUCCACUGCCGAAGAAAUAUCGCAAAAUGCGGCUUUGAGGGAGAAUUUCGAAAGUAGAAAAAUUCAGGUGCAAUCGAAAUUGCAGGCGCAUUUACGGUUAGUACAAACAUCUUAUGCCCAAACGACCACCGGAUCGAAUCCGCUCAAGGGUAUUAAGCUUCCCACCAUUGCACUGCCUGAAUUCAGUGGAGAUUAUAUGCAAUGGUUGACAUUCCGCGAUACGUUUGAGUGCCUCAUACAUGCAAUCGGCGACUUACCGGCGAUACAAAAAUUCCACUAUUUGCGCGCUGCUGUGAAAGGAGAGGCGGCUCAAGUGAUAGACUCAAUCACCAUAAGCGCGGCUAAUUACGAUUUAGCGUGGAACACAUUAACUGAGUGA